AUGGAAAUAGUAAAAAUAAAUAAAAGUAAUUUCGGAUCCGAUCCAGGCGGCGUCCCGGGGCACAAGCUGCCCUUGCGCCACCACAAUCGACUUGUAGAUCUCGACGAUCAUCCGCUCGUCGUACUCCUUCAGCGGCCGCACGCCGAAUCCCGCGGCCGGGUACCCACCAUACCCGCCGCCGACCGCCGCCGAGUUGGCGAUCUUCAUCAUCAUGCCGACGUAGGCGUCCCGCAGCCCGAGGAGGAGCUUCUUCGGCGAGAACCGGACCCUCAGCCUCAGCCGCGGCAACAGCUUGAUCCGCCAGAAGCGCCGCCGCCUCGCGGGUCUGUCGCCGCCGUCGGAGCCCAGCCGGAUCACGCGGACCUUCCGAUUCCGGCCGCCGCUCAGCCGCUCGUAGGCUUUCCGCCGCCAGUAUCCUCUGAUUCCUCUGUACACGGCGGUGGAGAUCCCCUCCAUUUUUCUAUUUUGUGUCUAUUUUCCGGUGGGUUGAAAUUGUGUAUUUUUUAA